AUCAAUAUCAUUGUUUUUACGCUAGCACAGCGAAGACGUGAUAUAUAAUGCACAGUUGUUUUACUUUAAAGCCGAAAGCAAUAAUUAUGCACGAUUACAUUUCUUUUGAACUUAAUUAAUGUUUCUGGUUUGUCUAAAUGAUUACAAUUAGUUCGAAAACAAUGCAUGACUUUACUUGAAUGAUUCCACUUCCUGUAGGUGGACUUUGUAGUUACUGGUCAGGGUACCAACGUAUUCUCGAAUAUGUGUUUAAUGUACGCAAAUGGUGGUGCCGUUCAAAUUAAAAUACGAUGGUUGUUGUCUUUGAAUACAUCAAUAAACUAGUUCUCUAUCAACAUGAGCAUCCGAGGUCUAUGGAUCAUUUCCAUUAAAAGUUCCCAUCCUGAUCAAAGUGAAAGUAGGCGUCUGCUAUUUUCCAGGCACUUCCCACUUGUCGAAAAGAAAGUGAAAUUGCUUGAGAAGGACAACUACAUCACUGUGCCUACAGUACCAGAGUUUGUCAAUGGACUACUGUUUGAGCUGGGCCACAAGGAUGGUAUCGAUAAGUUUAUCACUGCCAGAGAUACCUGCGAGAAGUCGGAACAGAAGCCGGUAUAUGAGGUGAUGACCAGUGCCGGACCAAUAUGGCCGGUCGUCGUAGUAGAACAGAGAGGAAUCGUGUAUUGUUGUCUCCCCUUGGUGACACAAGGUGUCAACACUAGGCCUCCACUCAUACAGAUACCGGGUGUAACACUUGGCUUCUCCCUUCUGUGUGGACUGUCCGACUACCUCCGCCAGUAUACAGCUGCUGAGAUAGCACAGAAAAGCAGUCUAUUAAAUGUGUACCUUAACACUGCUGCUCCGUUUGGGAAGCCCGUUGAUGUCAGUCCAGACACAGUGAUGUCCAAAGUCCACAACAAACCGAGUCUUUUAUCGAAAACACAAAAGCAACCUGCCUGGAAACCUGUACUACACAAAGGGAAGAACCAAGUGUACCUCGUCGUCACCGAGUACAUCCGCGCCAACCAGUAUAACAAAGAGAGAAAACCUGAU